AUGGCGGAUGAGGAGCUGCUGUCAAAGAUUCAUGGCCUCGGCGACCUGGAUCUGGCGGCACUGCUCUGCCUUACAAGCCGCGAACAUUGCAUCAUCAGUACCGAACCGGAAGCCCUAGACGAUCUGGUCCAAGAGCUGCAGCUUGUCGUGACUGAAACCUUCAACCUCAAAGCUGCCACUGUCUCACUGACUCCGGAAACCACCCUCGACGACUUUGCCGCCUCCAUCCUGCUAAACAGCGCAGGAUCGCGAGCCGAGUCGCCACUGUUGAGGAGUCGGACCCCGGUGCAGGACUCGUAUUUUUACGGCGCGCUGCGUCCGACUUCCCAUGCGUCCCACCACAGCAGAGUCGCCCUCUCGCCGCUGUCUCAGAUCUCGCCCAGCGGCGGGCCGCAGCAGAACGCGGCACCGCAGAUCGCCAAUGUGAUUUUGGCCCGCGAUCUGGACAAGGCUCCAAAAGUUGUCCAGAUCCAGGCUCUCGAGCUGAUGCGGACUCGGCGUAUCUACACGCGCACCAGUGUACAAACUGCCCCCAAACAGUUUCUCUUCAUUGCCGUACUUGGCGCCGCUAGCGGGGGAGAGGCGAGGGUUACUGAUCAUUUGAACGACUUUUUCUACCUCGCGCACUGGCACGACCCCCUCGACGGCUUUGCGCAUCUUGAAGAGCAGGAUGGCGCCUCGAUGGUGGAGGACGAAUUUGGAACCAGGCCACGGUCCGAGACCGAGGACAGCGAUAGUGAUGCCUCGGUUGUCCGUCGUCCUAGCAGGACCAGCACGCCACAUCACGAACUAUUUGCGCGCAGUCCCAGUAGAGGUCCCUCCAAUGAUCCAGCAUUAGCAAGCAAGGGACCUCUCAUCACCGAGGCAGACGUGACAACACUUUCACUUGCGUCUCGCGAAGUAAAUGUCGAUGUGGAGGUCUUGCGCUACCAGAUGAAUCUGAUUUCUUUCAUGCGCAUGCAUCAGGCAGUGACCGGCGGUAUUAUACCACUCGCCACGAAACAUUUUGAUACUCUUGUGCGCAGCAUGGCGGUAUUACACGGGCUGGACUAUGUCACGCCGGCCUUGGUGGUGCUGGCACUGCGCAAGAUCUACCUCCAUCGGAUCCGCAUCGUUCGCGACCACAGUAUGGAGCGCAGCAUGCAGUGGGGAAGCGAGGCAGCUGCCGUGGAGCAGCUCCUUGAGGGCGUUGGACCCGAGGAGGUUAUGGAGGACGUCAUUGACAUGGUCGAUGCACCGCUCUGA